AUGACUAAAAAUAACGGAGAAGACACAAGAUCAGGCAAUAGGAUGGAGCGCUUCCAGCAAGGGGUCCGGAAACGUACACUUAUGGCAAAGAAGAAGGUGCAGAGCAUCACAAAGGAUGAUGUUAAAAGUUACUUACUAAAGAAUUUUUUUGUGCUGUUCACCAUCAUUGCAGUCAUUGUUGGUAUCAUCCUCGGAUUUGGUCUCCGGUCAUACCACUUCAGCUAUCGAGAAGUGAAGUACUUUUCCUUCCCUGGUGAACUCUUAAUGAGAAUGUUGCAGAUGUUGGUUUUGCCUCUCAUUGUAUCCAGUCUGGUAACAGGAGUUGCUGCCCUGGACAGUAAAGCCUCAGGAAGGAUGGGACUCCGAGCAGUCGUCUACUAUAUGAGCACUACAAUCAUUGCUGUCCUGAUUGGAAUAAUCAUGGUGGUCAUCAUUCACCCUGGGAAAGGGUCAAAGGAAAAAAUGUACCGAGAAGGCAAGAUCGUGAGAGUGACAGCUGCAGAUGCCUUUCUGGAUUUGAUCAGAAACAUGUUUCCACCGAAUCUGGUAGAAGCCUGCUUUAAACAGUUCAAAACAAACUAUGAGGAACGAAUACCUAGGGCAGAUCAUGAUUCUAAUGAGACCUCUGUCCUUGCUGGCAUUAUAAACAACGUGUCUGAAGCAAUGGAGAACCUAACUCAGCUGAAAAAGGAGACAAUCCCUGUUCCAGGGGCUGUAAAUGGAGUGAAUGCGCUGGGACUGGUGGUGUUCUCAAUCAGCUUUGGACUGGUGAUUGGGAACAUGAAGGAACAAGGACGGGCACUGAGGGAAUUCUUUGAUAGCCUUAAUGAAGCGAUCAUGCGAUUGGUAGGACUAAUCAUGUGGUAUGCACCACUUGGGAUCUUGUUUCUGAUUGCUGGAAAAAUUGUUGAGAUGGAGGAUAUGGGUGUGAUUGGAGGACAGCUUGCCAUGUAUACCGUUACAGUUAUCAUUGGCUUAUUCAUCCAUGCUAUUAUUGUUCUUCCUCUACUCUACUUUUUAAUUACCCGAAAGAACCCUUGGGUCUUUAUUGGGGGAUUGCUGCAAGCUCUCAUCACAGCCUUGGGAACAUCUUCAAGUUCUGCUACCUUGCCGAUCACAUUUAGAUGUUUGGAAGAGAAUAAUGGAGUAGACAAACGCAUUACGAGAUUUGUUCUCCCUGUGGGUGCAACUAUUAACAUGGACGGGACAGCACUGUAUGAGGCAUUGGCUGCAAUAUUCAUUGCGCAGGUUAAUAACAUGGAUCUAAAUUUUGGACAGAUUAUCACAAUCAGCAUCACGGCUACAGCGGCUAGCAUUGGUGCAGCAGGAAUUCCUCAGGCUGGCCUGGUCACUAUGGUGAUUGUGUUGACAUCUGUUGGUUUGCCUACAGACGAUAUCACCCUCAUCAUUGCCGUGGACUGGUUUUUGGAUCGUCUGCGUACAACUACCAAUGUUCUGGGAGACUCUAUUGGAGCAGGAAUUGUAGAACAUUUAUCACGGCACGAGUUGAGGAACAAGGAUGCUGAGAUGGGUAAUUCUGUGAUAGAAGAGAAUGAAAUGAAGAAGCCUUACCAGCUAAUUUCACAAGAGAAUGAGAAUGAAAAGCCCUUAGACAGUGAAACCAAGAUGUGA